CGCAUUGCCCAAGUCAUAACUGCGCCUUUCUACUGACGCUCUCUCGUCUAUUGAUAAUGCCUGUGCCUGGACUAGCGCGCGACGCGGGGCCUUGUCGCAGACUGGUUAGCUGCAAUCACCUUACAUCACGUGCUGGUUGCUGGUUCAGACGCAGAGCUGGAGUCUGCCAUUCCCAAAACACGACCAACCUCGCGCCUCAGCCAAGCUGCGAGACCACUGUCGCUGACCCAUCUGCGUCGGAGGCUUCAACUAGCGCACCAGCGUUUACAGUAAGGGGCACAACAUGGCCAAGAAAGUCGUCGCUAUACAUACUUAGAACUGAUGGAAAAAGCUGCUCACGCGAGCUCGUAACAGGCACUGGAAAGCUUCGCUUUGCGUAUCCAAGCACACAACAACAUCUGCUGGUAUGGCGGCAUCGGCCAAAGAGCGUCAUGGUCAUCAUGAAGCUUGGAGACGAGCUGCUUCAACCUUUCCUGGAGGUCAUCGAUUACCUGGGGAGAGAAAACAAGUUGCGAGUCGUGGUGGAGCCUCAUGUGUACGACAAACAUAUAAGCGGCCGUGAGGGAUUCCAGUUCGUCUACACCUUCACAGCCAGCGAUAGAGACAGGUUGUCAGAGUACGUGGAUUUCGUGGUGUGCAUCGGCGGCGACGGAGUCAUCCUGCACACCUCCUGCCUCUUCAAGCAGGGGAUGCCGCCGGUCAUCUCCUUCGCCAUGGGCUCCAUGGGUUUCCUCACCAACCACGACUUCUCCAACUUCAAACGCGACCUGCACGCCGUCAUCUUCGGCGCGCAGAAGCUGGACAGCUGCGCGCUGCUGUCGCUGGACACGCUGAACAGCCUGGAUGAGCCGGGGAACAGCCUGGGUGUGAUGGUGACGCUGCGCAUGCGGCUGGCCUGCGAGGUGUGGCGCAAGGGCGGCAGCCGCCCCGAGCAGUGCGUGGAGGUGCUCAACGAGAUGGUGGUGGACCGCGGCUCCUCCGCCUUCCUCACCAACAUUGAGUGCUACGAGAAGGGGCGGUUCAUUGCGCGGGUGCAGGCGGACGGGAUCAUGCUGGCGACACCCACUGGCAGCACCGCCUACUCCGUGGCGGCGGGAGGCAGCAUGGUUCACCCCAACGUGCCCGCCAUCCUGCUCACCCCCGUCUGCCCGCACUCGCUCAGCUUCCGACCCAUCAUCCUGCCGGACUAUGCGGAGCUGGAGCUGCGCAUCCCGGACAACGCGCGCUGCACUGCGUGGGUGUGCUUCGACGGGCGCUCGCGGCAGGAGCUGGGCCGAGGCGACAGCGUCAAGGUACGCAUGUCGGAGAACCCCGUGCCAACCAUCAACCGAACCGACCUAACCGGCGACUGGUUCGAUUCCCUGGAGCGCUGCUUCCGCUGGUCGGACCGUACAGUACAGAAACCGUUGCCGUACGGCAGCAGCUCCGAAACCGCCAUGGUGACCACGAUGAUGUACGAAUCUUCGUCGGGGCCGACGUCGGCGACGACGGCGGGUAUGAUGAUGGGGGCGGCGGCGGCGGUGUCGAUAGGAGGCAUGGACUCGUCCUUUUGGAUGGAUGGCAACAUUGGCAAGGACUUCGGUAGCAGCAGCGGCGAUAGCAGCAUCAACGGCGGUAGCAGCAGCGGCGGCGUGCACGGCAGCAGCAGCAACAACAACGGCAGCGGAGCUUGAUGGCGGCGCCCUAGCGAAGGGACAUGCCCUGGGAAGGGGGCGGCAUGGAGGAUGGGGUUGGAGAGGAUGAGAGGGAUGCCAGUAAGGGGAUGCGGUGUCGCUGUGUACAAUUUAAGAAAUAAAGGUAACAGGAAAAGAGAGGAGAGAAGGGUGGUGACGUGCGAUAUUGUACUUUAUGAGAGAGGGCACGGGGCCUAUCAGUGCAGGGCCGGUAGUGUUGAAUGUGAGAGUGGUAUACUGCUGCAGUCGGCUGGCAAGCAAUGCUGUUCUGACGUGAGAAUGGGCUUAACGUGAGUCAAGACGGGCACGUGAAGGCCCCGGGUCUAGCUGGAGAAGAUGAUUUUGAGUGGGCGCAGUGAAGAAGGGAAAGGGCUCAGGAGGAGAUAGAGAAGCGGGCCUCAGAGAGGGAGAGCAUGGGCAGGAGAAGGGCAGGGAGGUGCGCGAGAUGAGGGCAACAAGCUAGGCUGCUGCAGGCGGCUUGUGCGACGGAGGAGGUCCUGGAUCCUGGCUUGCAGUCCAGUUGUCGUGCCGCCCUGCAAGCAGCUUGAGAAGCGGCGUACGGGCGUGGUACUGGCGAGGCGUUGUGCGUGGAAAUAAAACAAGUGGAGGGCUUGAAAGCCGUUUGCUUGAUUGCUGUUCGCUUUAUUGCCGCUAGCUAUGUUCUGUUGGACUCAGGUGAAUUGAGUGGAGUUAAAAGAGCGUUUCUUAGGGGUAUUGCAAGCAUCGUUUUGCCUGAUAUGGAGCUGGCUUGGCAACUGCUUUGAGGUGGCCCUUCUAACGUAGUGGCUUGGAAGCACGGGGGUUUUGGUGACGAGUAUGUCCAGUGCAUUGCUCAACAAACUUUACAAAGUUAGCGUAUGGCUUUCAUGACAUUUUACUUGACUUACUAUACUUGCCGUAGAUCCAGGUUGGUAGCCCUUUCCUGUUCAUUAGUUGCCCCAGGUGUCACGUCCUCGGGCCAUGCAACAGGGCCCUACACAACGCAUGGAUCUAAGGACACAAUACCUUUGGCAACUGUCUCAGGCGCCGCGAUGGCCCUUGGGUUUGUUGUACGGUUGUUGUCGUAAGGUUGUGUUUGUACUUUGGGUCGUUCGUUUCAGAUCCGUGCAAAAUCCGUGCAACUCCUCAGGGCCUCUGCAAAGGGGACGUCGGCAAGUUGCUUCAUUGAAUCGGGCUUCACGCUUCAGCUAGACCUAGGCAAGAUGAAGAGCCAUUCGAACAUCAGCCUGCCGAGUUCUGCAUGGGCGAUUCGUGUUCCUACCGCCGCAGACUGCCGUACAUCCUGUAAAACAAGCCGAACGGCGCUGUACAAUA